AUGGAGAAGAAGCUUUUGGACGCGGCCAUGGAAGGAAACAUAGCGAUGCUUAAAGAUUUAAUCCAACAAGAUCCACUUGUUCUUGAUAGAAGUUUAGUAUCCUGCGUCUCCGAGACCCCACUUCACAUAGCUUCAAUGUUGGGCCAUCUGGGUUUCGUCAAGGAGCUACUGAGUCAUAAGCCCGAGUUGGCCUCCGAGCUGGACUCGAGGGGCUCGACUCCUCUCCACUUGGCGGCGGCCAAAGGGCACGCGGAGAUCGUAAAGGAGCUGGCUUUGGUGGAUCCCGCGGCAUGCAUGGUGAGGAACGAAGAUGGGUGGGCGGCCCUCCACGUGGCAGCCGUCAAGGGGCGUGUUAAGGUGCUGGGUGAGUUGGCCCGAGUCAGGACUGACUCCACUCUGGCGUUGACGGACCGGGGCGAGACUGUGCUGCACUUGUGCGUUGGGCAUAAUCGGUUGGAGGGGUUGAAGGCUUUGGCUGAGGCUUUUGGAAAAGAUGAUGAGUUUCUGAAUUGGAAGGACGUCGAUGGGAACACCAUUUUGCAUAUUGCUGUGGCCAAGAAGCAAAUUGAGAUCAUUAAGUUCUUGCUUACCAGUACCGGAGUGAAUGUGAAUGCGUUGAAUGCCAACAGCUUUACGGCUUUGGACAUUCUGAUGCAGAGUCCUAGAGAUUUGAGGGAUGUGGAGAUUGAGGAUUCUCUUCGAAGUGUAGGGGCUAAAAGUGCAAAGGAUGUACGUCCCAUUGUGCAUGACUGGGUUCGAGUUCCAACAAAAGAACGCCAGAUAGCAAGACGUCUAGGCUCAGUACUAUCCUCUAAAGAGGGUGAUUCUAUGAAACCGGCUGCCCAACAGAAGCCUAGCGAUUGGCUUGGGAGGAAGAGAAGUUCAUUGAUGGUGGUGGCAUCUCUCCUUGCAACCGUAGCCUUCCAAGCUGGUUUAACCCCGCCAGGAGGUGUUUGGCAGGAUGACCUGAAAGUAGAUGAGAAUGGCAACCCUGUGGCAAAACCUCAUUCCGUAGGAACUUCUGUCAUGGCAUAUAACCUGCCAAAAGAGUAUGGUCUGUUCAUGAUUUUUAACACAACCGCUUUCCUCACAUCCCUAAGCAUAAUUCUUCUGCUUGUUAGCGGGCUACCAAUAAAGCGUCGAAGGUGGAUGUGGAUACAAAUGGUCAUAAUGUGGGUUGCCAUCACUACACUAGUAGUAACUUUCUUCAUCUCUCUCCGUCACAUGUCACCUGAUGACAUAAAUGUGCAAGGCACGCUGCGUGAGGUAACGUCGAUAUCAGUUUUGACAUGGUUGACUUUGAUGGUGGUUGUUUUCGUAGGGAAUUGUAUUCGUAUGAAUUUAUGGGUUCUCAGAAAGUACGGUUAUAUUAAGCCAAAAGAGGAAUCAGCCACCAUUGAUGAUGAACUUGAAGAGGGGGAGAACUGA